AUGAAACGUGGUCGUGCGCGUGUUCACGUCUGUCCCGCAGGUUCUUGGUCGGCGUCCACGAGUCCGGUCCGGUCACCCAGCCCGGAUAGGUCGGAGAGCGGCCGCACGUACUACGGCACCACCAGCCUGGACCAGCGGUCGCGUUCCCCAUCGCCGGUGUCGACGAACGGCAGUGGCCGGCACCAGCAGCAGCACCAUCACCAGCAGCAGCACCAGCAGCAGCACCAUCAGCAGCAUCACGGUGGAGGAGGCGGCGGUGGCGGCACAUCGGUUUCGUCGUCCGCCGCCGCCGGGCUGACAUCGUCGAGACAGCACCAGCAAUCGGCACCGCCGCCGUCGUCUUCGUCGUCCGUGUCUCACCACGGGCCGCAGUCGUUAUUGGGUGGCGGCGGCGGCCACGCGACCUCCAUGUCGGCCAUGAUGACCGGGGCGGCCGCGGCAUCGGCGGUCAUGACGAUGCCGCCACCGUCCGUGCUGGUCAACAGCAGUUACCCCGUGCUG